UAAAGAAGCACGCACGCAUCACGUGCGCCCUCCUCCACAAUCGACACCGUACCCAUACUCACCCGGUCCCGACCCAAUAGCCAGCCAGCCACGCCGUCAAACAACGACAAAUGGCUACAACAGCCCCCACCCCCCUCCAGCUGGCAGCCAGCCUGCUCGCGCUGCUGCUGCUAAUCUACCUCCUCAAGCCAACGCGGCACACGGCCGCCUCCGCGCGCGCGUCCAGCGCCGGCCGCGUCGGCGUCCAGCUCGUCGUGCUGGGCGACAUUGGCCGCAGCCCGCGCAUGCAGUACCAUGCGCUGAGCCUGGCGCGGCAGGGGCGCGUCGUCGACGUUGUCGGGUAUAGAGAAUCCGAGCUCCACCCCCAGCUAGAGGCCCAUGCCCGCGUCAGGGUGUACGGCGUGCCCCCGUGGCCGCGGCAGCUGCAGCCGCAGCGGAAGCUGCUGUUCCUGGCGCUGGCGCCGCUGAAGGUGCUGUGGCAGGCGUGGGGCCUGUGGGCCGCCGUGGCGUACCGCACGCCGCCGGCCAAGUACAUGCUCGUGCAGAACCCCCCUUCUAUCCCCACGCUACUGGUUGCGCGCAUAGUCUGCUCCCUGCGCGGCACCACUCUCUGCAUCGACUGGCACAACUUUGGCCAUUCGAUCCUCGCCCUCAAGCUCGGCCACGAGCAUCCUCUAGUGAGAAUAGCGGAAAAGUACGAAUAUGCCGUCUCCCAGUCCGUCAACAUCAACUUCACUGUCACCGAGGCCAUGGCCCGCUUCCUCCGCGAGAAGCACGGAAGACAGCACGUCGUCCCUCUGUAUGAUCGCCCCCCAUCGCACUUCCAGCCCUGCCGUUCCGCCCAAGACCGCAAGGCCGGCUUCGCAGACAUGGCAAAGCGGCUUGGGUGGCCGAACGAGAACGGUCCCACCAGGGUCCUUGUCAGCUCGACUUCCUGGACCGCAGACGAGGACUUCUCGCUCUUGCUCGAUGCGCUCGCUGGAUACUCCGGCCUCGCUGGCACUGCGCGCGACCUUCCCACCGUCGUUGCCAUCAUCACCGGCAAGGGCCCCCAGAAGGAGCACUACCUCUCCAAGAUCCGGACCAUGGAAGCAGAAAAGAAGCUCGAGCACGUGCGCAUCCUGACUGCCUGGCUUAGCAUGGAAGACUACGCCUCGCUGCUCAGCUACGCCGACCUGGGCGUCUCGCUGCACAUGUCUUCCUCCGGAGUUGAUCUGCCGAUGAAGGUUGUCGACAUGUUCGGCGCCGGCUUGCCCGUCGUCGGCUAUCGAUUCGAAGCUUGGCCGGAGCUGGUCAAGGAAGGCGUCAAUGGCAGGGGUUUCGGGGAUGCAGGCGAGCUGCAAAACUUGCUGGUAGACCUGUUCACGGACGAGGCAGAGCUGCGCAAAUUAAAGGAGGGUGCCUUGGGGGAGUGCGAGCAUAGGUGGGAUGAUGAAUGGGAUGAGAAAGCGGGCCGGAUCUUUAUCUGAGCAUGAUGAAGUGGCUUUCGCAGUGUGGGGUAGUGAUGCUGCUCUUCUUCUUCUUCUUCUUCUUCUUCUUCUUCCUCUUCCACUUCUUCUCUCUUCUUGCUUGAAACUUCUCAUCA